UGCAUACCUUUUCAAACUUUGAAAACUUGGAAGUUAUCGCUUAAUUUGGGUUUUCCUCGCGUAAUCUGAUGAAUAAAGGAAAAAGAGGUGUUAAAGAUUACGAGGGCGAAAUAGAUUAUAAUUUAAGAUCAUGUCCCGUCCAGUUCACUGUUUGAAAUGUCUCGGCCAACGGGCAGGACCUGGAAAGCUGCGUUCAACUUGGACGAAAUGUUUGUCUGGUUCACGUUCCGUUGGUACAAUGGCAAAAUGGGAGAUCAACGAAUAUGGUGACAAUGAGGUGUUGAGGUUGUCCGAGACGAGCAAGAUUCCGGUGAUCCGUGAUCCGUACGAGGUCCUCGUCGAGGUUCAUGCGGCGUCAAUGAACCCUGUGGAUGUCGCUAUGAGAGGUGGUUAUGGCAGUAAAGUUAUCAACAUCCGAAGGAAGCAGUGCGGCUCGUUCCAACGUGGCUCAGAGUUCCCAUUGACGCUUGGCCGAGAUUUCUCUGGUGUUGUCAUUGAGACAGGAAAAAAAGUUGGAAAUUUUAAACCUGGAGAUGAGGUGUGGGGAGCUUUGGACCUCUACCGCCAGGGAACCCAUGCCGAGUAUGCCGUCACCGUAGCUACUGAAUGUGCCUUGAAACCAAAGUCAUUAGACCACGUGCAUGCUGCCAGUAUGCCAUACGUUGGCUUGACUGCUUGGAAUGCCAUCCAGAGGAACGGAGGAUUGACAAGGGAGAUCGCUGAAUCGAAAAACAUUAGGGCACUUGUUCUCGGCGGAUCAGGCGGUGUUGGAUCCAUAGCGGUCCAGCUCUUGAAGUCAUGGGGUGUGGAAGUGACGGCCACGUGUAGCACAGAUGCCGUCGAUAUGGUGAAAGAUCUCGGUGCUGAUCAUGUUUUUGAUUAUAGAUCGCAGGACAUGAUUGUUGAUCUUAAGGGCAUACGAGGGUUCGAUCUUGCGCUUGACACAACUGGUGACAAACAUUCAAGAGACAUAGCCAUCGACGUGCUAAAACCAUGGCAGAACUCAGUAUUUGUGACAACAGUGACUCCCCUGGUGCGAAACUUCGACAGCUAUGGACCAGUGAUGGGCUUAGCAUCGUCAGGUCUUGAUCUAAGCCAGAAUAUACUGCAGGGGUUUAAGACCGGUGUCCAUGUGCGGUGGUCGUUCUUUACUCCAAACGUGAGGAGGCUGAGGGAGUUGACCAAACUGGUCGAUGAACAGAAAAUAAAGCCAGUUGUGGAGGGUGUAUUCCCGUUCCAGCACAUCAAAGACGCUUAUAAGAAACUAGAACUACGCCAUUUAAGAGGGAAGACGGUGAUCGAUGUGAAAUCAAAUGAAUAACGUAACCAGUACUAUGUGUUGUGUGUCCAUUUGCUGCAAAGGAAGGUAUGGCAGGUAAAAGAGUUGAAGGUGCUAUUUAUGUCCUUUGAAUACAGGAUGUCGUGUUUGUAUUGUAUAAUUCAAAGUGACAAAGAAGUCAUAUUGAUAUUCAAGAACUUAUUAGGUGCUUUUGCAGAGAAUUGAUAUAUGGAAUUCAUUUUGUUGCUCAUAGGCCUUCUAGAUGAUUUGGCAGACUGAAGCAAUGUUUGCUGUAAUUGCACUGCCUGCAAGAACUGUUAGGCAUACUCGUUGAAGUCCUGUUGGCAAUCUUUUUUGCUGCCGGGACAGUUGUGCUGUUGUGACUGAGCCAGCAGUGUGUGUGUCUGGACAACAGUUGUGCUGUUGUGACUGAGCCAGCAGUGUGUAUGUCGGGACAACAGUUGUGCUGUUGUGACUGAGCCAGCAGUGUGUAUGUCGGGACAACAGUUGUGCUGUUGUGACUGAGCCAGCAGUGUGUAUGUCGGGACAACAGUUGUGCUGUUGUGACUGAGCCAGCAGUGUGUGUGUCGGGACAACAGUUGUGCUCCCUGGACAGCUUGUGAUAUGUUUCACAGUUAUACAAUAAAUGUAUAUGAUUAGAUGUUCAGUUUGACUGAAAAUGCUUGCUUAUUUAUCAGAAUGGCAAAUUUGUAAAUGUAUAAAUCAAAUGCUCACUGCAAAUAAAACCUAUGGUGAUGUAUCGAAACUAC